AAGAAGGCCAAGACCCCAGGUGGUAAGAAGGGUGCAGGAGGGAGAACUCCCAAGCCCAAUGGAACAGCCACAGAGGAACAGGCUGCAGUCACCCUGUUUGAGGUGGUCAAGCUGGGCAAAUCUGCCAUGCAGUCUGUAGUGGAUGAGUGGAUCGACUCCUACAAACAGGACAGAGACAUGGCACUGCUGGACCUCAUACAGUUCUUCAUACAGUGCUCUGGAUGCAAAGGCCUUGUGACAGCUGAAAUGUUACACAACAUGGAACACUCUGACAUCAUCCGCAAGAUGACUGAAGAGUUUGAUGAGGACAGUGGAGACUACCCACUGAUCAUGACUGGGCCUCAGUACAAGAGAUUCAAGAACAACUUCUGUGAGUUCAUAGCCGUCCUGGUGCGUCAGUGUCAGUACAGCAUCAUCUAUGACCAGUACAUGAUGGACAACGUCAUCUCCCUGCUGACUGGACUGUCCCACUCUCAAGUACGAGCCUUCAGGCACACAAGCACUCUGGCAGCGAUGAAGCUGAUGACAGCCCUGGUGAACGUAGCCCUGACCCUGAGUGUGAACCUGGAUAACACCCAGCGGCAGUACGAGUCAGAGAGACAGAAGGCUCAGGGCAAACGGGCCAGCGAGAGGCUUGAGAUUCUCAUGCAGAAAAGAGCUGAUCUUCAAGAGAACCAGGAGGAAGUAGAGCACAUGAUGAACUCCAUCUUCAAGGGAGUGUUUGUUCACAGAUACAGGGACUCCCUCCCUGAGAUCCGUGCCAUCUGUAUGGAGGAGAUUGGCACGUGGAUGAGGCAGUACUCAGACACCUUCCUGGCUGACAGCUACCUGAAGUAUGUCGGAUGGACUCUGCACGACAAGGUAGGAGAGGUGCGUAAGAUGUGCAUCUCGACCCUGCAGGCUCUGUACUGUAACAAGGAAAACGCUCAGAAGCUGGAGCUCUUCACUAAUCGCUUCAAGGAUCGCAUCGUCUCCAUGACUCUGGACAAGGACAUGGACGUCUCCGUACAGGCUAUCAAACUCGUCACCAUGAUUAUGAAUGAUGACAUCCUGACCAGUGAGGACUGUGAGAAUGUGUACCAGCUGGUUUACUCCUCGCACCGUGCCGUGGCCCAGGCAGCAGGAGAGUUCCUCAACAAGCGACUCUUCCAGCAGGACGACUCGGGGAAACAGCUCAAGACCAAGCGAGGCAAGAAGAGGAGUCCCAACACCACACUCAUACGGGACCUCGUGCAAUUCUUCAUAGAAAGCGAGCUCCAUGAACAUGCAGCGUACCUAGUAGAUAGCCUGUGGGAGACGAAUGAGAUGCUGAAGGACUGGGAGUGCAUGACAGACUUGCUACUUGAGGAGCCUGGCAGGGGAGAGGAAGUUCUGACGGACCAGCAGGAGACCUCCCUGGUGGAGAUCAUGACCUGCUGCAUCCGGCAGGCUUCUGAGGGCAUUCCCCCCAUCGGCAGGGCCAGCGCUAAAAAGGUACAGACAAACAGGGAGAAGAAGCAAAUCUAUGACGAUAAAGUCAAACUUACGGAGCACCUCAUCCAGACACUGCCAGCACUUUUAGGCAAGUAUGCUGUAGACGCAGACAAGGUGAUCAACCUGCUGUCCAUCCCUCAGUACUUUGAUCUGGAGGUCUACACAACAAGUAGGCUGGAAAAGUACUUGGAUCUUCUCCUGAAGCACAUGCAGGACAUUGUCGAGAAACAUGCAGAACAGGAGGUGUUAGAGGAGUGCAGUAAGUCGUUUAUGGUCCUGUGCAGUGAAGACUACCCCAUCCACACCAAGGCCAUGGUGUCUCGUAGUGGUCUGUUCGACGCUCUGGUACAGAAGUUCAAACAGAGUUUGGACACAUUCUUCCAAGAGGGUGAAGAAGCAGAUGAGGACGAUGUGUUUAACGUGACGUCUGCACAGAAAAGACUGAUGGAGUUCUACAAAUGUCACGACCUCUCCGCUUACGACCUGUUCGAGAAGUUCAUCUUCACCAUCAAGACAGCCAACGACAAAUCCUACAUUCCACAGGAGAUCCUAGUCCGCUCCAUCGCCUGUGCACACAUGGACAUCAUGUGGAGGUUCUCUAGACUGGAUGAACACGACCCAGACAAGAAUGAUAUCAGGACAAUCAACAACUGUGUGAAGACGUUUCUGGACCUGAGCAGUCAGCUGGUGGAGGGUUACGUGGUCGACCCGACGAUUCAGGAGGAAGCCUUCAUGUCCAUCGUGGACCUCCUGGUGGUCUUCGCACGACAGGUGGCGUCCAAUCCCGUGAUGAACCCGCUCAUCCACCACCCGGACCCCAUAACCGAGAUCAGACUCACCUCGCUGCUCACAGAACGGGUGUUUGUUGGGCCGGAGGAGGAACACCAACCAACCGAUGAUGAAGAUGAUGAAGCCAACAAGAUCGAGGCGUUACACAAGAGGCGAAACUUGCUGGCCGGCUACUGUAAACUGGUGGUCUACAACAUGGUCAGCAUCAAAACUGCCGCAGACAUCUUCAAACACUACAUGAAAUACUAUAAUGAUUACGGUGACAUCAUCAAGACCACCCUGUCCAAGGCUCGAGAGAUGGACAAAGUCAACACAGCCAGGACUCUAAACCUCGCACUCACUCAGCUCUUCACAGAAGUCAAAGCAUCUCAACAGCCGCUUGAUAGGACGUCACAGACUUUCCUGUCUAUCAAGGAGCUGGCGAGACGGUUCUCCCUGACCUUUGGUUUGGACCCAGCCAAGACACGGGAGGCGGUUGCAGAGAUUCACAGGGAGGGGAUAGUGUUUGCCAUCACCCCGCUAGACGACCCUAACGACCCUGAAGGGCCACCUCCCCAUCUAAGCUUCCUGGAGAUCCUGGCAGAGUUCAGCCCCAAGCUCAUGAAGCUUGAUCGCAAAACCAUCUUGAACUACCUGGACCGCAAACUGAGGCCGGGAAUGCUGAACAGAAAAGACGACCCCUGGUACCCACUGGUGACCUACCGCAGCAGCCUGGUGGAGGGAGAGCACGGGUCAAAGGUCGUUGCCAGGGGGAUCCGAGGCCACGGAAAGAAGGGAGGCAAGAGUCCGACCGAGAUGGCUGCCAGGAAAAAGCUGACCAUGGAAGCGAAUGAAAGUUUUGCCGGUAAGACGCCCACCCGCCCAGGCCAGCCCCUCCAUCAGUCCACAGCAGUCAAGAGGAGAAGGAUGGACCCUGAGGAAGGCUCGGAACAGAGCUCAGAGAGGGACGAAUCAGAACAGGGGUCGGAGAGAGAAUUUGAGCAUACCGGCAAGCCAGCGCUGUCGCAGGGUUCGUGGGCGCAGGUCAGACACCACGACUCCGGUCGGAAAGGACGUGCCAACAUCAGCUACACAACUCAUGGCAGAAGGGGCAGGGGUAAACAGAUGCCAGUAGAACCUGAACCAGAGGAGGCGGAUGACAGUGGGGAUGAGGACGAUAUCGCAGACUUUGAUACGAGUGACAUGCACAUCGGACAGUCCAGCCCAGUCGACAUGGCACAACAGAUAGUGAACCUCCCUGACAACUUGUUCACAUCGUCACCUGAUAUUGGGGACUUUUCUUCGGGGCUCUGAAGAAGGUUGCAAUUCCAGGGAGUCCCCAAGAAACAGGCUCAAGGAAUCCAGAACUGGAACAAACAAGAAGAAUGCGGAGACAACUGUGUAAAGAGAUAAAAAGAAAGAAACCUAAGCUGGCAGUGCCAGCUAUCUUCUCGACUAUAUGUGCAAAGUUUUCCAGUCGGGUUUCAAAUUUGUUAAGCAGUGUAUUAUCUCUUUGGAGUAGGGCUAGCCUAUGAGUUGAAUCAUUUUGUCUAUAUUGCUAUGAUCUAUAUCAGAUAGACAAAAAAUUAGUAGAAUAAUGCUUGUAGAUAGGGCAGCCUGAAUAUAGACAUAUCCUGUAUUUAAAUUCAAUUUUACACUCGGUAUUGCUGUUAACUUCUUUACCUGUCAAAAGCACAAAGAUGUUAGAUCACGGGCCCCUCAUUUUAGGCAAAUCUCUCGUUUUGAAGCAAUUCUUCAUCAAACUGUUCCUUAAGUUAAAAUCUACUCUCCCACCCUCUUUCGCCCUGUCACAACUUUUGUAUAAAUGUACAAACAAACAUGCAAAAAACAAAAACAACUACAAGAGAAUAUCUGCAACCAAUCAGAAUGCAGGAAUAUUUCAAAUCUGAAAAUUAACCAAUCCCCAAAUGGUUUGGCUCUGUUCCAGCCAAUGAAAGAGCAGAACUUGAACAGAUAGGAAAAAAAACAAAGCAGGAAUACACAUUUUCCAUCAAAUGGUGAAAUUUUUUUCAUGAUGUAGAUGAAAUCCAUAAUUUAGUAGGUGAGGAACUUGAUUAAUUGCUGCAUUACAUGAAUUGCAUGUAUGAAACUUGAAAAAAAGGAUCGACUGAAGUAAAGAUCCAAUGGACCACUGUAUAUAGUAGACUAGUGAGUUUUUGUACUUACAAUAGAGAGUUUAGAAUCUGGUCUUUCUUGUGGGUUGCAACGAUUCUUAACAUUGAAGAAACUGUUGAAAACUGUUGAUUUGUUAGACACUCAGUCAUUCCAUGCCAUAUUCGGUUGCAGUCAUACCUGUUGGUUCUAAUGCAGUUCUGUGGUUGUACAAGUGUUCAAUAUCGUAACAGAAACCUGCUUUUCUGACCAGUCCAAUUGCAAAUAGCGUUCCCUGGACUUAACAUGUUGAUGCAGUCACAGAAGUAAAUUGCUUAGAAAUGGACUAAAGAAGUUGAAAGGUAGUUGACUUGAAGCAGAAGACUGUGAGUAAGAACAACGAUAACUAAAAUCUGGUGCCGUCUAGAAGACUUAACUACGUUUGUACAAAUUAGAACAACUUUUAUUUUCUUCUCAUCCAGAUUUUACAAUCAGUUGCUCAGAUUCUACCAUCUCAAGUUAGGAUGAAACAAAUUUAUGUGGCAAAAAUGAUGAAAUGAAUGUGGGUUUAAGGGCUAAUCUUGUGUUAGUGUUUGGUGAAUGUCCUUUGCAAGUUACUGUUGAGGGGAGUACAUAUACUUUGUUUUGCAUUCAUAAUAUUGUGUACAUGUAAGUUAAGUUAGAGAUGAGAUAGAUAUCAAAAACCAUCCACAACAUUACCAUCCUCAUGCUAUCACAUUCUAGUUUUCUUUAAAAAAAAGGUUGGUAUUUAAGAUGAAAACUCAGACUUAAAAAGAGUUACAGAAGUAGAAACACCAUGUUCUGUAUCCCCAUCUCAGGACCCAAGUAAGGGAGUGGACAAAUUAAAAAGUUUAAAUUAGACGAUGGCAAAAGACGAGAUAUAGGUAAUGUGAAGGAUACAGUUAUCUUUCAGUAUGUAUGUUGUAACUAGUAUAUCUGAUUUCUGUGUCAUUGGAUUAUGUGUAUAAGACACCAAGUUAAAAACGACCUGAAAUAGUGUACUGAGACCAGGAGAGAGCUUCAGUCGAAACGUCAUGUUGAGUAGGACAGUUCCUACAGCUUGUAAAUGUGCAGAAUUUGUGAUCCAUAAGUUAGUAUGUGUACAUGUAGUUAGUUACAAAACAACAAUACAAAGUUGGUUGUUGUUACCACAAUGUGGUGUAAUGUUGAUACAUUGAAUUCAAUGUGACUCAAAUACUUGUACACUGUCAUUUUUUUUUUCAAAGAUUUUUUUGUUUUGACUGACUUCCUGUGACUCUUCAGGUGCUACUUGCGUAUUUUGGUCUGGAAGGUAUUUUUGAGGGAAGUCUUAAUGAAUUUGUUCUUAAUUAAAUCAUAUUAACAAAAUGACAAGGUUGAUGUUGAGAUGAAAAUUCUGUUUUGGACCCUAUCAUGCUUGAAGUAAGAGUUGUCUCAAUAGUUAAAGAGGUUUUUUUUUUUGUAGAAAAUGAAUACACACUGUACAAGCCACAUUCAACAUUGACUUCUGCUACCUGUUGUGUCAUUUGACUGUUCGUUGGUCAUGAAGUAUAAGAUACUGUGUUUUGUAUUUUGUCUUUAUAUUAUCAAGACUGUUAUACAAGGUACCCAUCAAAUAAAGAACCUGUUCAACUUCUUGUAUCGCA